ACAUAAAGUCAGUGUGCUCUUCUGCUACGCCAGUUAGCAUGCUGAGCUUCGGAGGUUCCGCCUAAUUAACACUGUACAUUCCCACAGAAGUCCCAUUGUCGUCGGCCGUCUUCAGCAGCAGCAGCAUGAGUACGCUAUGGAUGGGGAACCUGGAGACCUACAUGGAUGAGAAGUUCAUCACCAGGUCCUUCUCCACCAUGGGGGAGCAGGUGGUUAAUGUGCGGAUCAUACGCAACAAGAUGACCGGUUUGUCAUCACCCAGGGGGGCCCUGGGCUACUGUUUUGUUGAGAUGACCGAUGAGGCCACAGCAGAAAGAUGUCUCCGCAAAAUCAACGGAAAAGCCUUGCCAGGAGCCAACCCGCCCACAAGAUUCAAAUUAAACCGAGCCACCUUUGGGAAACAGGAAAGCGGACAGAUGUAUUCUCUAUUUGUAGGAGAUCUAACGCCAGAGGUGGAUGAUGGAAUGCUUUACGAGUUCUUUUACAACCGCUACCCUUCCUGUAGAGGUGGGAAAGUGGUGCUGGACAGCAUGGGGAACUCCAAGGGCUGUGGCUUUGUUCAAUUCCCAGACGAGCGCCUCCAGAAGCGUGCACUGGAGGACUGUCAGGGCGCUGUGGGACUGGGGGGUAAACCUCUACGAUUAAGCCUGGCUGCUAACAAUUUAAGGAACCGACCGCAGCCGUCAGAGCACAGAUCGUGGCAGUCCAGCUCCGGAUACAAGCCCAGCUAUGACCAGUACAACCAGUACCAGCAGCAGGCUUAUCCUGGCUACUACCCCUCUUGGGGCUAUGAUCAGACUGGAGGAGGGUACGGCUACAACUACCAGCAGUACGAUUACGCGCAGUAUCCCCCACCACAGGAAAGUGAGGCUGUUCCGGAUGACGGACUUGAAGAUCCCAGUCCAGAGCUGGAUGUGGUGGAGGCCAACAGGAAGUUCAUGGAGCUCAGUGAAGAACUGUAUGAUGCCCUGAUCGAGUGUCAUUGGCAGCCAGCAGAGGCGUCUACAGAGCAGGACUACAUGACCUCCAGCCUCCCAGAACCGGUCUACUGCUGACUCGCACAACCUCUUUUAUGUCCACAUGAAGGACACACGUCAUGCCCGGGAUUCUACCACCAAACAUAUUUCUGAUGUUUUUAUGGACCCACAGAAAUAAACUGAAUACUUCAUGUUAAAUUCUUAGGUGUGAUUUCAGACGUAAGACCAAAAUAUUCUGACAUAAACAAAACGCGUAAUGUGAAAAACUAUCAUCCUAAAAUGGAAGAAGUAAACCAAAAAUAAAUGAUACCAUUCCACAGCG